AACCUCUUAAUUCUUCUUGAGCCUAUGUAUCAUGCAACUGCAAUACUAUCUUCUUCAACAGUUUCUACCCAAGCAAUCUUGGGCCUUCUUGACCUAUGUAAUAAACUUUUAACCUAUGAAAUUAGUGAAUGUGAACAAGCUAUUAAUCAGCUUCAUAGAAUAUAUAAAAAUUAUAAACCACCCAAAAAAAAUAAGCUAUCACCACCAUCUACUACCACUACUACUAAAUCAACAU